GGCUGGUCUUGUCUUACUCUUGAUUAUUAUUAAUAUAGAACCCGAUAAUGCAGCACAAAACACUAAACAGAUACACAUAUCAGUGGUCACGACCCGACACAUUCCGCGUAUGUUGGCACCUAAUCAACAUCCUAUCACAUAUCGCAUGCAUAAGUUCAUCGAAAUGUACAUAAUAUACAAAACAUUCGUAUCAAAAGAACGUCCACAAAAUGUAUUUGUUAGUGUCCAUUAUAAUUGCCGCUUUACUAAAAAAUGCGGAGUGCAAUGCGAAAGAUGAGCAGCAGUGCGUGGAUUACUACAAAACCGGUGAUAAUUUCGACUUAAAUCUAUUGGAGGGAGCCUGGUACGCUGUGUACUACUGGCCACCCGUACAACGACAGCGGAAGAGAUGUGAAUUGGUGAAUUUCAAGAAAACAACAAAGGCCAAUUUGGAGGGAAAGGUUAGCGUCGAUAUCCCAGAGCAAAACCUUAUUGAAUCCAGCUACAGAAGCUCAGCGGGCAAGCCGACACACCUAGUCUAUUACGGGCAGGAUGAAGUGAAGAACCAAGUGCGAUCGAGCAAUCGCGUUUCCAAGUAUAUUUUCAUAGAUGUGGAUGAUGGAUACGUGUUGGGAAUUAAUUGUUCGAACGGUGGACGAGGGGUGCUGUUAGCGAGAAAUCUGCCUACUUCCUCUGAAGUUGAAGAUAUUGUAGAGGAUAUCGAAAUAAUGGCGGGUCGUAGAGGAAGUCCCGAUUGCCACCUAGAAGCGUAACAGUGAUAUAUUAUAAGUACAUUUUUACCGGUUCGUGGCGUUCCAUUCUGCAUAUGUUAUAAAUAUUAAGGGAGAAUUAUAUUUUUAAAUAAAUAUUUGUUUGUUCCGUGGUUUAGUUAAUAAAACCCAAGUUGAAAAGAUACUUGGACACAUAUCAUGUUACUAGGGACCCGCCCCGGCUUCGCACGGGUGCAAUAAUACAUGAUAUAUAUAUAUACAAACCAACUACUAUAUAUGUACUGAUGAUAUAUGAUAUUCUUUACCAAAUAUUAUGUAUAUUUCUACACCAGUAAACUUACUAUACAGAGAUAAAUAAAGUGAAGAUGAUAAAUUGCUAUA